AUGUUUACCGUUGGUGAUACUUCAGGCUGGAGUUUUAACGUUCAAAGCUGGUCAAAGGGGAAAAGGUUCACGGCCGGGGACGCCCUUGUUUUCAAUUAUGAUCCAUCGAUGCAUAAUGUGGCAGUAGUUGACAUCCAAGGCUACAAUAGUUGCUUUGCUUCUCCAACCUCUGAGGUUUACAGCACUGGAAUCAAACUAUCAAAGGGACGAAACUAUUUCAUUUGCAGCAUCCCAGGUCAUUGUGAUGGGGGCUUGAAGAUUGCUGUUGGUGCUUCUUAA